AGGAGAAGAAUAAGCAAGCUGGUUUGACCAGAAACAGAACUGCCUGUGACAGAUUAAGAGACAAGCAAGGCUUGGAAUCUGAGAACAAGGAGAGUGGAAAUUUACAGCUGCUCUGUGUGAGUGUUCAAGUGAUCAUUUUCUACUAACGUUUUCCGGUGGUAACUGUUACUCUUCAAAGAGAGACGCAGAAAGUGGAGACGGAAGUGUGCAAACGCUUUUUUCUGCCACGCUUUGGUAACAGGAGGCUUUCUCUAUUAAAUGGAAGAUAAAGACUACUUCCUCUAAAGUGCUGUGAGCCCAAGAAAGAGCUGUUUUCAGCACCUCACCAUGUAUCUACUUUUUAUUGCUUAGAGAAGCCUGGGUGUUUCUGUACCAUUUGCAUUCCAUAUUGGAAGAAGAGAUUUUUAUACACAAAAAAAAUGCCUUUGUUUAGUAAAUCACAUAAAAAUCCAGCAGAAAUUGUGAAAAUUCUGAAAGACAACAUGGCCAUUUUGGAAAAGCAAGACAAAAAGACAGACAAGGCUUCAGAAGAAGUGUCAAAAUCACUGCAAGCAAUGAAAGAAAUUCUGUGUGGCACAAAUGACAAGGAGCCCCCCACGGAGAUAGUGGCUCAGCUGGCGCAAGAACUCUACAAGAGCGGGCUGCUGGUGACACUGAUAGCCGACCUGCAGCUGAUAGACUUUGAGGGAAAGAAAGAUGUAACCCAGAUAUUUAACAACAUCCUGAGAAGACAGAUAGGCACUCGGAGUCCUACUGUGGAGUAUAUUAGUGCUCAUCCUCACAUCCUAUUUAUGCUCCUCAAAGGAUAUGAAGCCCCACAGAUUGCCUUACGUUGUGGGAUUAUGCUGAGAGAGUGUGUUAGACAUGAGCCACUUGCCAAAAUCAUCCUCUUUUCUAAUCAAUUCAGAGAUUUCUUCAAGUAUGUGGAAUUGUCAACCUUUGACAUUGCUUCAGAUGCUUUUGCUACUUUUAAGGAUUUACUGACCAGACAUAAAGUGUUGGUAGCAGACUUCUUAGAACAAAAUUAUGACACUAUUUUCGAGGACUAUGAGAAAUUGCUACAGUCUGAGAAUUAUGUGACGAAGAGACAAUCUUUAAAGCUGCUGGGUGAACUGAUCCUGGACCGCCACAACUUUGCCAUUAUGACCAAGUACAUCAGCAAGCCAGAGAACCUAAAGCUGAUGAUGAACCUCCUGCGAGAUAAGAGUCCCAACAUUCAGUUUGAAGCCUUUCAUGUCUUUAAGGUGUUUGUGGCCAGUCCUCACAAAACGCAGCCUAUUGUGGAGAUUCUGUUAAAAAAUCAACCCAAACUCAUUGAGUUUCUCAGCAGUUUCCAAAAGGACAGGACAGAUGAUGAGCAGUUCGCUGAUGAGAAGAACUACUUGAUUAAACAGAUUCGAGACUUGAAGAAAACAGCCCCAUGAAGACGUCCCCGCAGGCUGCCGGCCCGCGUCCUCUCUGCACAGUCUGUACAACGUCGUUUCAAAACGUCGCUGCUCUUGUGGAGUCUGGAGGUGCCUGUUUUUUCUCAAUUAAUUGUUAAAGGUAGAUGGAAUAUAAGCAUUUGAAUGGAAAAAAUUAACCUAGCAUAAUAAUAUAUUCAUUUUAAUCAAGUUUGAUUAUUUAUGUGAAAUCAGAGCCGUUGUGUUACAUGUUGAUAAAAGCAGUUUUAACUUGCAGAGCCGAGCCCUUGGCCACCAAGUUGGAGGAGCGCAAACGCACCUCUGAGACCUCGGGAGACCCCAGGGUGGGCAGUGAGCUUCUAAGUCUUUGCCUAUCUGCACUUUGUCAGAUUCCGUAAGCACUGAAAGGUCACAGAAGAUAAGGUCAGUGUUGUCAGUCUGCGUAUCGUCUGACUGUCCUGGUAGCUCCUCACUUCCUUCUGCUCCCUGUGGCGCUUCCCGUCCCAUCCCUGACCAGGCACAUGCGCCCUGGCUCAGCCAGGGCUGCGGGGGGACAGUAGACCUGCAGGGUGUGACCUGCUCACAGGAGAAUUGCAAACACAUGGCCCCAGAGAGUCACAGCAACUGCUAAAGGGUCAGUAAUGUCAGGAUAUUUCAUUCCUAACCGGUGACACAGGAAGAGUGCUUUGUGAAGGCUGUUUUCAGGGUGGGAAUCAUUGCACUUGUACAAAGCACGGGUCCAGAGAGUUACAGCAGGGGGCUUGUACCAGUGGUGAUAAUGCCCAUGGCAAGGGAAAUUAUUUGCUCAUGAAAAACUUCUCAAGUGACUAAACAGUUUUUCCCAGGUUGUUUUCCAGUAAACUUUUAUUAUGUAACUUCGCAUCAAAGUCUUCAGUGAUAAGGUAAAAAAUCCAAACAUUUUGGUCCCAAAUACUCUCUUGAAUACUAUAAUAAUUAAGGAGUUUAACUGUGUUCCUUUAAAAGGCAGGGGAUCAAAAAAUAAAUUUUAAAAAGGUCACAGUUUAUAUUCAGGUACCAAACAUAUAAAAUAUUUGAAGCUAUAAGACAUUAAAAUUGUAAUUGCUAGCCGGCGCCUAUAAUCCCAGCACUCAGGAGGAUCAUUGCCAGUUUGAGGCCAGCCUGGGCUAUGAAGUGAGUUCAAGGCCAGCCUGAACUGCAUAGUGAGACCCUGCCUAAAAGAAAAAAAGAAGAUACAAUUAUAAUUGCUAACCUAUAUUGUUAUAAUUCUGUUACUACACCAUGAGUUUUGACUUCCCUUAAAACCCUCAGUUUUUAUACUGAGUGCUUUUUCUUUAAUCAGCCAGGUAUUUCUCUUCCCAGAGAGGGAGAAAGAAACGUGUUCUCCAGGAUCAGUCCCCUCUGUAGACCUUGUACCUGCAGAGCUACCUGGUGGGAGUCUCCCCGGCUGGGCUGGGACUCAGAUGUUGCUUCCGUGCCCAGCGUGGAGCUCUGCGGCGAGCGGCGUGGACCUCUGCGCCGUCCUGUAGCAGCCCCAGCCAGGGCCAGUGCGGAGGGACAGGAAAGUCCCUAAUGCCCCAUGCUCUGAGUCACUGAAGCCGGAUUAUUUUUAUAAGAAUCCCUGACAGUCCAGAGUCCCUUAGAAUUUGACUUUCCUGGGUUUAUUUGAUUGAGAUAGGUGUAAAUAUUUUUAAAUGAAGGUGAAAUGAUAAUGGAAAGUGAUGUCUGCUUGCUUGAUCCUGUUCCAUAGCAUCACGGGACACGUGUUUUCCGUUGGAAAGUGAGGCUUCGUUGUACUUCUGUUUUGAUAAAUAUAUUACUUCCUCUGGGCUUGAAUUAGCCCUUUCUUAGCAUUCCUGUAUUCUAGCUCCAUAGCUAUCAUGUUUGAAAAUUAUAGUCUUCAACCCAGUAAAUGAAGUAGCUGGGUUUUUGUUGUGAUACCAGUUUGUAAAUUAUUAACUCAAAAGGGGGAGCAGGAAGCUCACAGUCAAAAUAUGUUUGCACAGAGAUCACUGUAUAUAGUGUGAGAAUUGAAUUUUGAAAAGGUCAUAUUUAAUAAACUAUUCCAAAAGUGCAUGUUUAAGACUGACUAAAUAAAAAGGUACCACACGGA